CGUGCGCGCACACAGUCCAGACUCAGAUUAUAAUGCAGAGACGGUCGUUAUACACACGAUACGUCUCAGAGAAAUCAUUUUCAACUAUUAAAAUAAAUAGAUCAUAAGGACAUUAAGUAGCGUUAAACAUUUCGAAAUUAGAGUUUAACAUAAAAACUAGAGGGUCAGUAGUUCUGCUCGACUGAUUAAAGAUGCUCACAGAUAUUAUAGAAGGAGAAUUUGAUAUAAAAGAAGAAGAACCAUGGUACGAUCAUCAAGAUCUGGAACACGAUCUUCAUUUGGCCGCCGAAUUGGGUAAAAAUUUACUGGAGCAGAACGGAGACUUAGAAGAGACUCUCCAACAGAUGUACAUCACCAACCAGGAACAGAUGCAGGAGAUAGAGUAUCUUUCUAAACAGGUGGAUAUGCUGAGGUCGGUGAACGAUCAGCACGCUAAACUCUACGAGCAGCUGGAUUCGACCGCACAAGACCUGGAGCUGAAAAACCAAAGGCUGGUGCUGGAGAACAGAGCGGCUCAGAUGAAGAUCGAAGGGCUCACAGAGACGGUAGAAGGGCUGCAGACUCAGGUGGAGGAGCUCCAGAGAGACACGCAGAAGCUGCAGCUGGUUUAUGCCGAACAGACCCGGUCCAGUGAUCGUGAUCCUGAUAGUGUUCAGGGUCUCACAUGCUGCAGAGAUAACUGUCAGUUACACGAGCACUUUUCCCAUGAGCGCGCUGUUUCCACCAGCCGCUCGUCACUGAAGCGUGAGGAACACGACGAGUGCUGGGAGCUGAAGCGCUCGGUUGAUUCCCUGCAGGCGCAGCUGAGCACAGAGCGAGCUCAGAGAGAGACGGCUGAGCUGGAAGCUGAUGCUCUGGCGCAUGAACUCAGCCAGCUGGAGCCCAAAGCGGCGCUGCUUGGAGUCUACAAGGAGCGCCUGGCCGAGAAGGAGGCUAAAGUCCAGGAGCUCCGCCUGCUUUUGUGCUCGAGCGAAGAUAACGUGUUCCUCCCAGAAGAUGAAGUGGGCGGGGCCGGACACAGGGGGCGGGGCCUGCGGCGCUGCAGCAGCGAGAGGCAGUUGCUUAGUGACGAGCAGCCUGCAGUGAAGCAUCAUGGUAUCUCUCUGCUAAACGAGGUGGAUGCUCAAUACACCGCCCUGCAGGAGAAAUACGACACGCUGCUGCGCCGCUGCCAGGGUGAGAUGUCAGAGAAGCAAAAAACUGACCAAACGCACACACACUCACUGGGGGUAAACACACAGAACGAUUCCCAGCAGCCCGAGUACAAGGCCCUGUUUCAGGAGAUUUUCACCUUUAUCCAAAAGAGCAAAAAGGACCUGAAGGAGAACAGGAUCAAGCCCGGACAGGUUGAAUGAGGCACUGAUCUGCGUCUAUUGCUGUAGAACUAGUAUCGAGAUCUUGAAGGUUUGAUAUGACAGGUUUACACCAGGUACUGUCCUGUCUGCUUUUAUUGCCACUUUUAUUACCUGGUGAGUGUAUAUAAAGCACUUUUGUAAAUAUUUUUAAAUGUUACUGUAAAAAAAAAAAGCUGUAAACUUAAAUGUACUGUACCUGAUUUCUGAAGCAAACAUUAAAUCUUUGUGUAUU